UACACGCCACCCUUCUCGGCUGGAUCCUCGUUUGCCGGUCCCACUUUUGUUGGCUCACCUGGUGUCUCCUCUGUCAUCCCUCCCUCUCGCACACCAGCAGCCAUCCCGACUGGCUCACUCCUCACAGAUCUCGCCCAGAGUAUCUCACAUGUGGCAACUAAUGUCACAAAUAUUGUAACUACCAAAUUAUUAGCGGUGGAAGACUACACUACCUGGCGUACACAGUUCGAAUCGUUUUUGGUGUCCCAAGCUCUCCUUGGCAUGGUUGAUGGCUCCAUUCAGGUACCCCCUGCUUAUUCCAUAGAUGCUCUUAACCGUCAAACCCACAAUCCCGAAUUUUCUACUUGGUUAAGAAUUGAUCAAACCAUCCGUUCAUGGUUAUUUGCAACCCUAUCUAGGGAUGUUCUUAUCGAUGUACGUGAUUUAAAACAUUCAUAUGAAAUUUGGGAACGGUUGGAGUCUCGGUUUAUUUCUGCUAGUUUAGCGAGAUCUAUGGAAUUAAAGCAUUUAUUUAAUCAAAUUAAAAAGAAACCUGAUCAGUCCAUGGAUAAUUAUUUGCGAGAAAUUAAAACAUUAGCUGAUGAUCUUGCCACAAUCAAUUGUCCUGUGCCUCAGCGUGAAAUUUUAAAAACCACUAUUAUGGGUCUAGGACCUGAGUAUGAAUCUUUAUACACUGUUGUGUCCUUAUUUGGACAAAAUUUCCCGUUUGAGACUCUCCGUAAUCAUCUUCUUGAGUUAGAGCAGCGGGUCCUUUAUCUCCGCUCCCAGGAGUCCCAGUCCAUUCAUCAGGCAUUUGGCGCGGCUGUUUCAUAUCCCAGGCAGUCGUCUGGGCAGCAGCCAACCCAGCAGAAUUCGGGAUCCACUCACCCGGUCGGGCAGCAGACUUACCCGGUCGGGCAGAGUCGGCAGAACGGCGCUCCACAGCGCGGGCGAGGACGUGGGCGCGGCAGAGGCCGCGGAGGUAGGGGCGUGGCCGAGGACAGCAGCAGCAGGCAUAUUGGUUUCCCCAGGGGCAUCCAGUUUAUUACCCCGGAGGGGGUGGGCAGCCGAGUACUCCUGCAGGGGGUGUGACAUCUACGGACGGAGGUAUUCUCGGAUCUGUUCCCCAUCCUGUUGUCUGUCAAAUUUGUUUUUCUACAGGUCAUUCUGCCAUUAACUGUCCUUCUCGUUUCACACAACCAACGUCUCCUGCUCUGUUGACUACUCCCGGUGACACUACUCCUGCUCUAUGGUUUCCUGAUUCAGGAGCUUCUGCUCAUAUGACUGCAUCUGAAGGUAAUUUAGUUAAUAAAUCUCCCUACACCGGCUAUAAUUCUGUUAGUGUUGCUAAUGGUGCCCAUCUUCCCAUAUGUAAUAUUGGUGAUGUUGCUUUACCUACAUCUGGUCGUCCUCUCACCUUAAAAUCCGUUUAUCAUGUGCCUCAGUUAAAAUAUAAUUUAAUUUCCAUUAAAAGGCUCUGUGCUGAUAAUAAUUGUACUGUAAUUUUUGAUAAAAAUUCUUUCUUGAUUAAGGACAAAGCAACAGGGGCAAUACUUCUGCGAGCUACUAGUGGUGGACCACUUUAUCCUCUCCAUCUGCCGUCUGCGUCACCAUUAGUUUUUGCUUCCGUUUUAGCUUCUGGCCCUGUGUGGCACCGUAGAUUAGGUCACUGUGGUGAUAGUACUUUACAGUUUCUUAAGAGAAAACAAUUUUUAUGUAGUCAUACUCCCUUUACUCAUGAGUGUGUGGCCUGUCGUUUAGGAAAAUCACAACGUUUACCUUUUGUGGAUGCUAGUCAUAAUUCUAUUUUUCCUUUGGAG